UCACCCAUACACGCUUCCUAAGGCCUCCUGUGUAACAUUUUGGGCUGGGUGGUGCCGAGGCCAAUGAGAUGGGGUUCUCUUGCACCCGAGCCCUGCCAGAGGCUUAUGGGAGAGCCAGACACAGCUGUACACAAUCGCAGUCACAUCCCAGGGCCAUGCACGCUCCAACGGAAGCAGCACAGGGCGCCCGGUGGACAGAGAAGGUUAGGAUGCACCGGGCCGGCUGGAGCCGUCAACCAUGGGCAAAGGAGUUGGUGAAAGACCAGUGGAAACUGAGCCCCUCACCUGCUUCAAGACCCCAGGCGCUUCCCUCCCCACUCCCACCCCUCAGGAGCCCUCCUCAGCUCUGCCUCUUUCGCACCUGGGCCCUAUCGCCCGCGACGAGGAUGAUGAUGUGGUCCAACUUCUUCAUGCACGAGGAGGACCGCCGGCGGCGAGCUCACGGGGCGCGCAAGGCCAAGAUGACCCCUGAGCACGAGGGGAAGAUUAAGCUGGCGCUGCUGCUGACCUCUGUGGGUGCCACGCUGGCAGUGCUGGCCGUGGGCACCGAGUUCUGGGUGGAACUCAACACCUACAGGGACAACGGCAGUGCCGUCUGUGAUGCUGCCCACCUGGGGCUCUGGAAGAUGUGCACCAAGCGACUGUGGCAGGCGGACGUGCCCGCCGGCAGAGACACCUGCGGCCCAGCGGAGCUGCCCGGAGACCAGCCUGUACCCCCAGCAAGCCCCUGUUCCCAGAGAAACCUUGUGCCUCUGCACACAGCCUGUGCCCCCAGACCCAGCCGAUGACUCCGGACGCAGCUGGUGCCCUCAGACAGCCUUUGUCUCCCAGAAAUGCUCGCGCCCCUGAGACAGCCUGCACCCCCAUCCUGUGGGCCCUGGGGAGAAAGACCACCUUGAUGCCCACCCCAGAGUAUGCUGUUCCCUCCUGCCGAUUCCACCAAACAGCUCUCACCAAAGACCUCCCAACAUCCCAGGGCAGACCUUGUGCUUCCUGGAAAAUCUGCUUCCUUUCCUACCCAUUUCACCUCAAAUUCCCCAACUGGACACUCCAGCCCUUCUCAUUUUCUCUUCCAGGCACCCCGACACCCCUCACUUCCCUACAGAGUGGCUGUUUCACCCCUACCCAUGCCAGAGAGCUAUCCCGUACCUCUCACUCUCCCAGACAGGCCACGCCAUGCCCUAAACUUAUACCAGAGAGACAUCCUAUAUGCCUAGGGGACAGGAAUGGGAUCUCACUCCACCUCUACUGACCCAAGGAAACUAUCUGACACCCCUCAGAGCCCAUUUAGGAUGUCGCAUGCUUGGUCACCCGUAUGGCAUCUGCAACACUCUUUCCUCUCCAAAGGAUGUCCUAUAAUCUCAGUACCCCUCAAAGAAGAUCUAUCCCUCUGGGCUCCAGAUGGGAUUUCCUUCCUCCUUCACUUUUCCAGAUGUGAUCUGUUACAUCCCUAGGGUCCAAAUAAGGAUGUUCCAAGCCUUUGAUAGCAAAGUGGGAUGCGAAGCACCCUUGUUAUCUGACGUACCACCCAGCCAGCAUGCAGACCGGCUGAUUCGCACCCCUCAGAGCCUCAAGCAGGAAGUUCCCCAAUUUUUGACAAGUGGGAUACUCCGGCAAUAAAAAAUAUUAGAUGCUAAUGUAGUGCCCGGCUCUGUUCUAAGUAUUUCACUUGCAUGAACUCAUCAAUCCUCAUAGCAACCCUAUGAGUAGUUAUUAUCGUCCCCAAAAUGAGGAGCAAGAAAUACAAAUGUCACAG